GAUGGCGGACCGCAGCUGCAGCACACCGCAGAAGAAGAAGAAGCUGCGAUGGCGCGGAGCAGCACGUAAACAGAUGUGAACAGAUGUUUUAGCCCCUUGAAACGGGACUGCUGCUCCGACAGAGACCCGAAGAGGAGAUGAGAGAGAGCGGAGUCAGAAGGCGCGACAGGACGGACUGAGGCCGCAGAGAGAGGCGCACUGACGGUUAGGGAGCUCCGCUAACACCGCUGCUAACAGCUAACACUGCUAACACAUGCUAACAGCGGCUAACAGAGCUACAACCCGCUGCUGGAGGUCCGCCUCACCAGGUGUCCAGGUGUGGAGGUGUUCAGGUUUUCCUUUUUAAUCCGGCUAGUCGGGUUUACUUGAGUCAUGCAAAUCAUCAGUCAUGUAUCGUCUCACCCCGAUACAUGUGACAGACUAAACACGUUAACCUGACCUGAGCAUCGAGUUAAAGACAGUCCUGAUCAUUGAUCACCAGCUGACGUGUGAACAGGUUCCGCUCUAACUGCUGAGAGGAUCUGUGUGACCCAUCCAUCAGCGAUGGCGGCGCAUGGGCGGGGCCAGAGGACACUGAGUUUCACUAUGGAAACAGUCAAAGGAGAUGCUCCACCUCCAUCGGUGCAGCAGCCCACACCUGUGUUUCCUGUGAUGGAGCAGAAGCCCCUCCCCCUGACAGGUGGGGAGGAGGCGGAGUAUCUGUUGGCCCUGAAGCAGGAUUUCAGAGGCGCCAUGAGGAGUCUCCCCUGCUUCAUCCAGCCGCUGGUGACUAACAGAGAUGUGGAGCGUUACUCUGAUAAGUACAACAGGAGCGAGCAGAUGGACAAGCUGCUGGACUGGGCUCCAGGUGAGGCUCCGCCCACAGCAGACUGGAAGAGAUUCCCCAGAGAGCUCAGAGUCCACGUCAGGAAACCUGCCAGAGACAGUGUAUCAGCUGCCGUUCAGUCUCCUCCUCCUCCUCAGAUGAAGAAGAAGGGUGUGAAGGAUAAAGAGGAGGUGCUGCUCAAACUGGAGAGCCUGGAGAAGAAGGAGGAGCAGGAGACAUCAGAGGACGAGGAGGGAGAGACGAAAAAGAAGCAGGAGGAGGAGGAGGCAGAGGGAGAGGAGGAGUACGACGAGGAGGAGUUUGAGGAGGAGACGGAUUACAUCAUGUCAUACUUUGAUAACGGCGAGGAUUUUGGUGGCGACAGCGACGACAACAUGGACGAGGCUAUUUACUGAAGCACCAGCACACAUGACUUCCUGUCACAUGUUCCUCCAGUCUGACCGAAGUUGAGUCAGACCGAUGACGAUGAUGAUGAUGAUUAGGAGACUUUUUCUGAUUGUUUUUAAACUUUUGUACAAAAUGUGAUCAGUUUUAUUUUCUGCUGCUGGGUCAAUAAAAACAUGUCAACAACACGUCCCACACACGCUCU